GAACACGCAGUUAUACAGCAGUUUCCACUCUGACACCAUGUGCUCUGGGAGCUGUUCCCGUUGCAUCGGAGUAUCUCUGUACCCGUUGGUGCUGAUAUCCAUCAUCUGCAACAUAGUGUUGUUCUUUCCUGGCUGGGACGUCAAGUAUGUCAAAGAAGGACACAUUACUCCGGAGGUGCAAUAUUUGGGGGGACUCCUUGGAGGUGGUUUCAUGAUGUUGAUCCCAGCAAUUUACCUCCACUCGACUGCAGAGAACGGGUGCUGUGGAAUCCGCUUUGGGAUGUUCCUAUCCAUUCUGUUGGCUGCAGCGGGGGUGGUCGGUGGCCUGUACAGUUUCGCUGUGGCAUUGGUUGGUCUGCACAACGGGCCCUUUUGCAUGUCCACCGGAACUUGGCAGACACCUUUCAAAGACAGUAAAUUCAACUACCUGACCGACUCCACCAUUUGGGACAAAUGCUCAGAGCCGAAGAACGUGGUGGAGUUCAACACCGGGUUGUUCUUCACCCUGAUGAUCACAAGCUGUCUGCAGGUGCUGCUCUGCGCCAUCCAGAUGAUCAACGGCCUCGUCGGCUGCCUGUGUGGAGCCUGCAACAACAAAGCGGGACCUUAAAUUCCAGGUCCACAUGGUGAAGAUGUUAUAAUAUCACAUGAUGGGCGCCCCAGCUGGAGGACUGGAGUCGUGUUUCUGUUUCGGCUUAAAGCAUUCAUCCUAUUUAAAUAAUUUAAAUCCACGGUAUUAUAAAUGAUUUAUGAUCAUUAUGUGGUCAUGUUUAAAUAAAUUGGCUUACAUUAAAAAGCUUGCAGAUCCACAA